AUUCACGACAUCAUCUCACCCACAAUCUCGACGCGCCCGCCACAAUGGCCAAACCCCCUGGGCUCGCCCUCACCCCUCCAGAGCUCAAGGCCGAAUGGGCAACGUUUGAGACCUACCGUGCCCAAGACCCCGUGUACAGCAGCCCACAGCGCACAAAGGAACUCGAAACGGGCUAUAUGAAGAUUCAUCCGUGGCAGACGUGCAACCCAAGACACCUGCCGCACAUCCUCUUGCGCGUCGAGGGCAUGCAGCGCGUGCUCCCCAAAAGCAUGCCGCGCGAGUCAAGAGUCGCCUCGGUCUCGGGAUUCAUGUACACCCACCCCGACUUUGAGUGUCUGCAGGCCAAGGACGCCCAAUGGCCGACCGUGCUCGCCUUUAGACUCGACGGCACGACACUCGUGCCAACCCCGUGCCUGUUCUGCGGAUCGCGGGUCGUGAACGGUGUGUGUGCCGUGCCCAAAAAGGAGGUCAAGGUAGCAGCCGAACAACAGUCAACCGGCAACCCGUCAAAAGAGAGAGAUCGCAAGCGCCGCAAGACGGUCGCGGACGUCUCUGAGCGGAUCAAGGAGCUUGAGUCCGAGGUGGCGCGGCUCAGACAACAGCAGACAGAGUAUGCCAAGGUCAAGGACACGGUCGGAGCGCAGGCGAUCGUCAGUGUGCACCUCACUCGCCGAAUAGACACGCUGGUUACGGAACGCAAGAAGGAGGACCUCGAAUCGCGUGUGGCGACGAUGCUCAAGGACGCUCUCGCGGAGGAACGAGUCCGGCACGAGUCCGAGUUGGCCCGUCUGGAAGCCCGCCUCGAGGAGAAGCACUCAUCCGCGCGCGCGGCCGAGAUCACGGAGCUGGAAGCGAGAUUCAAAGCAGGGCAUACGGCCGAGCUCGAGGCCAUCAAGGCAAGGGUCAAGGAGGUCAUCGACACGAGGAUGGACCACGAGCGCGGCGUCUGGGCCACAGCCAUCGACACGUGGAAGCAGCACGAGCGCGGCGUGUGGGCGACCGCUAUCGACUCUUCGGUCGAGGAUGUGGUGGAGCGGUGCUAUGCUAGAGGGGACAAGGAGCUCAAGAAUCUGGAAGCGAGGCUCGCUACUGAGCGCUCUGCCGAGCUCGAAGCCCUGGAGGCGAGGAUCAAGACGACGGUCAAGGCGGAGCAGGAGCAGAUGGUCGCGGAUCUCAAAGUCGAGCGCGAGGCCGAGCUGCUGGUCGUGCAGAAUAGUCUCCAGUCGCAGUGCGCCGCCGGGCUGGAGCGUCUCAACACCCACAUGAAAGCACGAGGCGAAGAGCUCCGAGUCUGGCAGGACAACUUCACGCACACCCGUACAGCGGACAACUUCAGCAUCAAGCGUAACGUCAAGGACGUGGUCGUCCUGUGUGGCGAGCUGCGCGACGGGUUUGCGAGUCUUGUGGGCGAGGUGCAGGCCCUCCGCGCCCAGGUGGCGGCUGGUGGAGGGUCCAACCCGGACGGUGCUGUCUCCGCGACGCCGCCGCCUUCGUGCGAUGAGGUGGAGGAGGUGAUGGAUGAUCUUGCCACGGCGUAG